AUGACUUUAUUUGCAAGUUUCAUUACAGAAUACUUUGCUAUACUUACAACUGAUCCAGCUAAAACUCUAUCAAUUACAAUUAAAACCCAUUUUAUCAUGAGAAAGCCUAUCUUGAGAAAAUCCAGAAAGCUUUCACUAAUUGUUAAAGAGUUAUUACCUAUUGUGACCAAUAUGCCCAAGCUUUCAAAUUAUCAGCUUAAAUUUGGUUCAUUUAACCGAAUUCAAAUAAACUCGACAUUUUCCAAUUUACUAAAAGCAAAAUCGCUUUCUGAAUCCUGUUUAAGUUAUUUUUUAUAUGGCAUAUUCUGA